UGCACUCGCGCUCGUGUCAUCGUCAUUGACAUGUCAGAACAAUGGUGCGCUCCCCGCGCGCGCCCACGCGCCGCUGCCAGAGAAGCGCUCCCGUGCCACCGCGAUGAGAUGCCCGCAGUGAGCGACGCGAACAUGGACAGUUUGGUCGGACCGCUGGUGGCCCAGUACCUCUCCAUGGGAUACCAAUCACAGGAAAACCUUCCGAAUGGAUGCCCGGGACCUAACGCGCAGGAAAAAGACACUUCGCAUGCGGCUCCAGUCUGCCCGCCCCGGACUAGAGCUCCCGCUCCUCAGCCCCUUCAGCCUCACCUGGCGCAGGUGACCCGGGGCAAGGUCAUGAUGUCCUUGGGCCAGUUCACCAAGGGCGGCACCUGGGACCAGCUCAUCCAGGCCUGUGUGCAGUCCUUCGACGCAGAGGGCAGUGUGUGCCGGAGCAGUCACCUCCUCAACAUCACGCUGACCAUGCACCGACUCCUCAUCUCCUCCAAAUCACUCCUGGACAGACUGCUGGCUCUCUGUAAAAGUGCCGUGGAGAACGAAAGGCAUGCGGAGUGCCAAAAGAUCUGUUACCUCAUCAGGUACUGGAUACGUGAGUUCUGGCCCAUGUUCCGUCUCCACGGUUACCUAGCGGAAUCUCUGGUGAAGUUCCAGGAAGUGAUGCAGGAGCACGGGCAGGAGAGGCUCUGUCCCCUGCUGGAGACCAAGUGGAUCAACGAGAGGGACUGGUCUCGGAAAGCCAGCCAGAGGAUCAAGGCCAACUACAGCAAGAAGAGGAAGGUGUCUCUGCUGUUCGACCACCUGGAGCCGGAGGAGCUGGCCGAACACCUGACCUUCCUGGAGUUCAAGUCCUUCUGCCGCAUCUCUUUUGUAGAGUACCAGAACUACGUGCGUGACGGGGGCCUGAAGGAGAACCCCCUGAUGCAGCGCUCCAUCGCCCUGUGCAACGGCAUCUCCCAGUGGGUGCAGCUGAUGGUCCUGAGCCGCCCCACAGCCCCCCUCAGGGCCGAGGUCUUCACCAAGUUCAUCCACGUGGCAAAGAAACUGCGUGUCAUGCACAACUUUAACACGCUGAUGGCGGUGGUGGGAGGACUAUGCCACAGCGCCAUCUCCAGACUCAAGGACACCAGCUCCCACGUUCCUGCUGAAGUUACCAAGGUCUUAAACGAAAUGACGGACCUGCUGUCCUCGUCCAGCAACUACGAGAGCUACAGGCAGGUGUACAGCAGGUGCACGGGCUUCAAGCUCCCCAUCCUGGGCGUGCACCUGAAGCAGCUGAUCACCGUCAACGAGGCCUGCCCCGACUACAAGGACGCGGACAAGGUGAACGUGCAGAAGCUCCAGGCGCUCUACAACCACAUCAGCGAGCUGGUCCAGCUCCAGCAGAACCCCCCGCGUGUGGACGCCAACAAGGACCUCGUCCACCUGCUCACGCUGUCCCUGGACCUGUACUACACGGAGGACGACAUCUAUGAGCUGUCGUACGUCAGAGAGCCCAAGAACUGCAAAGCUCCCCCUGCCACUCCCUCCCGGCCCCCUGUAGUGGUGGACUGGGCCUCAGGUGUGGCCCCGAAGCCCGACCCCAAGACCAUCAGCAAACACGUCCAGCGCAUGGUGGAUUCUGUCUUCAAGAACUACGACCAUGACGAGAACGGCUUCAUCUCGCAGGAGGACUUUGAGAAGAUCGCCGCCAGUUUCCCCUUCUCGUUCUGUGUCAUGGACAAAGAGAAGGAGGGCCUGGUCAGUCGCGAGGAGAUCAUGGCCUACUUCAUGCGAGCGAGUGUCAUCUGCUCCAAGCUGGGUCUGGGGUUCGUGCACAACUUCCAGGAGACCACCUACAUGAAGCCCACAUUCUGUGAUAACUGCUCAGGAUUCCUGUGGGGCGUCAUAAAGCAAGGUUACCGAUGCAGAGACUGCGGUAUGAACUGCCAUAAGCUGUGUAAGGACCAGGUUGCGUUUGAGUGUAAGAAGAACGCCAGGCCCAGCGGCCCCCCCGACAGCACCAGCACCACGCCCACCAGCACCAGCACCAGCACCACGCCCACCAGCGCCGUGCCCACCAGCGCCGCGCCCACCAGCGCCGCCCCCGCCACCCCCGCCGCCCCCGGACCUCGCGGACAGGAAGCCUCUGAUGACUGCCCCUUCACCUACCCCCCUGAAGAGGCGGUGAGCAUCGCCGUGACAACGCCCUGCCUGAGCCCCUGCUCCCCCUCGCGCCGCCGCCUCAGGCUGCCCCUCACCCUGGCGAAGCCCCCCGGCGUCCACCGCGCCACGCAGACGGACGUGCCGCACCUGACCCCCGAGCCCAGCCGGCCCGCCCAGGCCCCCGCGCUCCUGGCCCCCUCCUCCGCCCCCCUCUCCCCCUGCCCCGGCCCCCUCUCCCCCUGCCCCAGCCCCGUCCCCGUCAGGAAGAAGGCCUACGCCAAGUGGGAGAACCGCGUCUCCACCAUCCUGCCUUCGGAGGAGGAGAGGAGUGAGAACAAGCCCAGCUAUGAACACCUGGAGAGGUGUGUGUGUGUGUGUGUGUGUGUGUGCCAGGAGAACGAGUCUCUGAAGAAGAAGAAUGCGUCUCUCUGUCGCAAGCUCAAAGACGCGGAGACGGAGGUGAACAUUCUAAAGACGCUUAUGAGGAGUCACGCUCUUCAUCCUGUGGACGAAGACUCCUCAUCUUCCUCCUAAUCAUACUCAACAUGUGUGUGUUCGUUUGCUCGCGUGUGUGUUUGAAGCACUGUGGGACUCUUCCUCUUAAUCAAACUGGACAUUGUGUGUGUGUGUGGUGUGUGUGUGUGUGUGUGUGUGUGUGUGUGUGUGUGUGUGUGUGUGUAGA